UUCCUCCUCAACCAGCAAAAUGAAAGUCCGACUCCCUUCCUCCCUCUACUGGCCUACAGCUCCCGCCCGACCUCUGCUCCAAUGCUUUAAAAAUAACCGAGCACUCUCGACUUCCUCCCCGCACCUUUCGAACUCGAACCCCUCCUCACCCCCACAGAGCAACAGCGAUUCAAGAUGGCUUUCCUCAACCAAAGAACGAAUAGGAAAAUGCAUCUCCUUCGGCCUCUCCGCCCCGCAAUCCACGAAAGCGGCCUCCAUCCUCAAAAUCCUAGCCACAGAAUGGCGCGACCUAGUCGCCGGCCGCGAAGGCUUCCUCGUCUCCCCAAACCGAGCAGGACUUCUGCGUCAAGGUGUAGUGUGGGGCGAAAUGGACAGCAUGGGGCACGUGAACAACGUCAUGUAUGUGCGGUAUGCGGAGUCUGCGCGGGUCAAUUGGGCGUGGAAUUAUGCGGUGCAUAUUGAUCCUGGGAAUAGGAGGGAGUGGAUUGAGCUUUGUACGCCGAAGGGGGAUGGGCUGAUUUUGAAGAGUAUUGGGGUUGAGUAUAAAUUCCCUAUGACUUACCCAGAUCACAUCUCUGUCUUCCACAAACUGCGGUCCCUCCCUUCCCCCGACUCGUCCUCUUUUAUUCUCGAUGUCCUUAUUUUAUCAGAGUUACAUCAACGGCCGGCAGCCAGGUGUGUAGAAGAUAUUGUUGUUUAUGAUUAUAAAGCCGGGAAGAAAGUGAACAUCAGGCCGUUUAUGAUGAGGGCUUUUGAACAAACCUGGAGGAAGCAGGAAGAGGAGAAAGCGAGAGUGGAGAAAAGGAUACAAGAGGUAGAAAGUGCGGUUGGCGAAUUGGAGAGGGAGACGUGGAAUAGGGAGGGGGCGGUGGAGGAUUUGGGGAGUGGGACCUGA